AUGAUUGACCUGCUGCCCAAGUCGCUAUCGAACAAAUUCAACGACUCGACUGCUGCCAUUUCAAUCCACAAGCGCGACUGGAGCUCCGAUUCCUCUGGCAGCAGCAGUCUGCUUAGCCCCGGCGCAUCACCAAGACCACGACGCAGCCGACGACGGCAAUGGAAGCUCUCGAGAUGUCCUCCCAGCAAGACAAUAUGCUACGCCGCGGCACUUGCUGUCUUGACCGUCAUUGCGCUCUGGUGGUUCUUACGCCCUACACCUACCGAUGAUCUCCUUGAAAUCCCGGAACCCGACGUCGAUGAGGAGCUUGAAGAAGAUGGUCCUAUUCCAUUCGGCAAGUCCGUGGAUCGAGGUGGGAGAGAAGUCUUCUGGUGGGAGGAAUUUCCCAGACUCCACGGCUUUUAUCGAGGACGCAAGAAUAUCGUUCCUUUUUCCGACUAUGUCCCCGAACAACAGGCCACCGCUUUCGACCCCUUCGAUCCUGGCCAGCACGAUGACGCCGAGUUGAUUCCGCUCUCGCCGGCUGUCCCGACAGACAUCCAACAAUGCUAUGUGGACGAAGAGAAGGGGAUCCUGCCACCUACAAUAUCCGCAUACAAGGGGUUACCACAGGGCAUGUCUGCACCCUUACUUGGGUCUCAAAAUGUCCUUGGCAUCAACGAACAAGUCUGCUAUGAUCGCGUAAAUCGACUGGCGCCGUACGGCUCGGGCUUUGCGGAAGAAGAAGGCGGACUCGGCAAACACGCAGAAGGCGGUGGCGGUGACAACGAAGGACUCGAGCAGGUGGCUGCGGUCGACUGGAGGGGCGUCAGAUGGCACGACGCCCAGCAGAGCUGUCUCUUGAAGAAUUCCCACCUGCAUGACCGAUCUCGAAAGACUGCUUUUGUGUUCCGCACAUGGAGCACCUUCCACUACACUGAUUACCACAUCGCCAUGCUCCGCGCGAUCAUCAGCGAACUCGCGCUUGCCUCCGGGGGGCAAUACACGGUGCAUUUCCUGAUCCACGUGCAGGACGACACCAUCCCCAUCUGGGCAUCGAGAGAACUGUACAACCAGGUGCUGAGGGACAGCUUGCCCGAAGAGUUCCGCAGCAUGGGCACGCUCUGGUCCGUAGCGCAAAUGAAGUUGAUUUACCCUCCACCGUUCCCCGACAGCAUUGUCAACUUCUCAGGCGGCGAGAUCUACGAAGCGUAUCGAUCUUUGCAUUUUCCGCUACAGUACUUUGCGUCUCAAAACCCCAAAUACGAUUACUUCUGGCAGUGGGAAAUGGACAUCAGGGUCACGGGCCACUACUACGAAUUGUUGCAUCGGAUCGAGUCCUGGGCCGAGAACCAGCCGCGAGACUAUGCUUGGGAGCGAUCUUCAACGUUCUACAUUCCAGCCUUGCACGACUUUUCCUUUGAGAAAUACGCCCAGUCUACCAUUGAAGAAGUUCAGGCUCGCAACGAGACACCCAUUUCCGGCCCGCAAAUACCCCGAGAGCGAUUGCUUAAUAUCCCAGAACAGAAAAUCCCAGAUGGUAACGACGAAAUCACAGAUCUAAUCACGUUGAACCCUCUCUUUGAUCCCGAACACACUCGCUGGGCCUUUCACGACGAUAUAACCGGCUACAACUUGACCCGUGACGGACGACCGCCUACGCGCGCCGCCCUGAUCACCGCGUCUCGAAUGUCACGUCGCUUACUUCUGCUCAUGCACGAGGAAACUUACCGGAACAAGCACACCAUGUUCCCAGAGAUGUUCCCCGCCUCGAUUGCUCUCCACUACGGUCUCAAGGCGAUCUAUGCGCCUCUUCCGAUUUACUUCGACCGCGACUGGCCCAGCGCGCACGCCAACGAAGUCUUCAACAACGCCCCCAUCAGCUUGGCGCAGCAGGAGGCAGGCAUGGACCACGGACACGGGGAUUUCCACGGUGAAGGAGGCAGCGUGUUCGGACCCGGCGAGCACGUCUUCCGGGGUGCGACAUAUUACUCGAAUGCAGGGUUUGCCGGCUACCUCUGGAGGAGAUGGCUUGGGAGAGAAAAUGGAAAUGACGAGUUGGCCUGGGAGUCGGAAGGAGGCCUAGGAGGCGGGCGAAUGUGUUUGCCCAUGAUGGUUCUGCAUCCGAUCAAGUAUGAGUGA